AUGCAAUCGGCGUCGUUAGUAUGGUUCGGAACGUCCCCCAUGAUGGUCGGCCAACGGAAAAUGCAAGCGACUCUAGAGGCUAGCUUUCAGGACCUGUUAGCGACAAUUGAACAAGUGAAUCCGUCAGAGAGCGAUUUAUAUGAAAUUUUUGCUCCAAUUAGGAAGCGAAUCUGGCUUAAGUGGAUUUCAAAAUGGCUCUCGGUUGCUGUGUGUUUUGCGGCGUUAUGCCUGGCAGUGUAUUACGUUCCAAGCAUCAACUGGCACGCAACAGCAGUUGGCCGAUUGAUCAUGAUAGAGCUUCUACCGUAUUGGGACUGGACGCCACUAUAUCGCGGGAAGUGUUUGAUUUCGAAGUCAAAAGAAACAUCCAGUUCAAAGAAGUACGAGGCAUCGUUUUCAUUCCCGGACGAUUGUAUGGUCUGCCAAAACGUUGAUACCGUGCCAGUGCGAAGGAAUGUGUCUUACGAAACCAUGUUCAGUCGUCACCUGAUCCGCAACACUCCAUUGAUUGUGUCUGACGGUCAGCCAUAUUGGAACGAGCACGUGCGCUACGGGCGAGAAUGGGGUAUCUUCUUUUCGGAUGUCGAAGAUUUGUUGCUAGCGGAUCCUUGCGAUUUUCGUACGAAUCUACUUUUCAAACCAACUGUGGCCAAAACUUCAGCUAUAGCGCGUAUGAUCGAUGUGCUUGUUGAAAGCGAAAUGGAGAGCAAUGCGAACAUCACCGACCGUGGAUGGUUUGUGCAGCUCCGUAACUGUGCUCUACGGACCGUUAAAAAAGCGCGCAUAAUGUUCCGAAAGCCCUACUUCUAUGCCACUCAUUGGGAGCCUCCGUACACAAGCUGGAUUUUACUGUCACGUGGGUACCACAAAGCACCUGAAAUGGUGCCCAACAUGGCAGGACUUGUACUGGUGCACCAGCUGCGAUCUCAUCUGAACGUUGUUCUUCGACCUCGCACUGAAUGUGAGCAAAGUUGUCACACACUCUCCAUCACACUGCACGAGCGAGCUUCACUGGUGUUCUCGUCGACUAUGUGGAACUUCAGCUACACGCCUUCGGACAAGAACCAAACAUCCGUCACGUUCGCUACGGAAACAUAUGAAAACGCGUGA